CAAUAUGGGAUGUUCUGCAAUCUUGGAUCCACCAUGAAAUGUUAGAACAUAGGAAGUUGCAUUAUGAUUCGGACUGUUGGUCCAUCUAGCUCAAUAAUGUCUGCACUGACUAGCAGAAGUACUGCAGGAUUUCAGACAAGGAUCUCUCCCAGCCGUAUCUGGAAAUGCAGCAGAUGGAACCUGGGGGAUUUUCUGCAUGUCCAGUAGGUGCUCUACUGCUGAGCUACAGCCAUCCCCCUACCAACUACAUAUCACAACUUUACCUGAAGUGUUUGUGUUUUAAAAAAGUACAUUCCACUUGAAAUAAGAAGCUAUUGUGUUGCCAAUGAGUGAAGCAGUCUCAUUGCAGAACAAACGGAGGGAGACCUUGGAAGGUGAAGAUGAUGACAUGGCAUAUGGAGAUCUGGGAAAUGGACUCAGACGACAUAGUGAUAUGUAUGAACCAGAAAGCUUCAGUGUGCACCCAGGUAUGCCUAGAAGAGGGUCAGCGAGAAAAAGCUUCAGUCUGUUUAUGUUGUCGAACAAAGGAGAAGACUACGAUGCAGCAAUCUGUCGUUGCUCAAGGUGUAACUGCUUGAAUGACAAGUUGGUCAAAAAAAAUGGAAUUAAUGGGUUUCGUAGCUGCAGUCGACAAAAUAGCUCUGAGUCUAACUCUGAGGCAUCAAAUGAAGAAUUAAGGCAGCACCUUCAAGAAGCUGAAGAGGAAAUAGAAUUUUUAAAAGUUGAAAUGGAAGCCUGUCAAAGACAACUUGAAGCCAAAGAGCAAGCAUUAAAAAUUCUGCAGAGCAUGGCGGUGCUGGAUAAAGCCACUAGUCAUACUAAAGCAGUAUUUGAGAAAACAGAGCAACAGAAGAGAGCUUUAGAAAAGGAAAUAAAUGUUCUGCAGUGGGAAAUCAAAAUUAAUCAGGAGAAAUUUAAAAAUAUAGAGGAGUCUUGGGCAGAAAAAUAUGACAGAAUAUAUUGUGAAAAUGCUGCACUUAAAGAAACACUAAAAUUGAAAACUGAUCAUGUUAAAACACUGAAGUCUGAAAAUGAAUUUUUGGAACAACAGCACUUGGAGAUUCUUGCAAUGCUUGAUGUAAAGCAGCAGAAGAUUGUUCAGGAAAACAUGUCUCUUAGUAAGACUGGUCUUACAGAGAUUACUGGACUUGAACUGGCAGUACUUGGAGCCUGCACUUGCAAUGGUCCUGAGGGGGAGCCAUGCUCCUGUGCAAAGAUGUCAGUGGCAACCCGAAAACAACAGCUUCAGCUAAAACAAGAGUUUGAACUUCUGAAGAAGAGUAAAGAAGAAGCAUAUAUAAUGGCAGAUGCCUUCAGAAUUGCAUUUGAACAGCAGCUGAUGCGGAGGAAGGACCAGGCUCUGAGACUUGCACAGAUGAAUAAGAUCCGCAGAAAAGAAACUAAACUAUUAAACUGGAAAAGCAUAAAAGAGGAUGGUGUUUUCACAUUUCAAGGGAAUAGAAAAAGCUUGGGGCAAAAGUUGAUGGGCAUGCUUUCUUCUGGCAUGGACAGCAAGAAAGCAGAAGAAUUGGAUAAUCCACAGGAAAUCAUUAGGAUGCUAACAGACUUGUUAAAUGAUAAGGAGGAAGCUUUGGCUCAUCAGAGGAAAGUAAGUUAUAUGCUUGCUCGUGCAUUGGAAGAAAGAGAAGAUAGUUUGCAGCACAAUAAAGAAAAUGAAUUUUCAGAAGAAGAGCUUGCUGUUAGGAGCAAUCAGUACAGAAAUGAUUCAGAACCCCAAAAGUUGGCUAUUCCUAUAUGUUCACUUUGCCAAACAUGUAGUGUUCAAGAUUGCUCCUGCUCUGUUUCCAACACAUCUCCCAGCAGAAUGCUGAACUGUACAUCUAAAAUUUCAUGUUCCCCUACAUCUGAAGAAAAUUAUGUGCAUAAAAUAGAAAACACAGUUGAUAGAAACUGAAAAUACUGAUCGGUCUAAAGGAAAGAAUAGAAUGUAGAGCCUGGAGGAAAAAAUGACAGAGGCAACACACCUCCUUAGCAUUUCCUUAACAUUUAAGCUUCACGUAUUUCACUGAAUGCAUGGAGUUCUUGUGUGAUGGGCUUCUCCACUGCAGUCAGCAUGUGGGAGUUUUUGUGUGCCAGUGGAACCCCUGGAUUGGACUAUCAUUCUAUUAUCAUAAUUCAGGAAAUCUUUUCAUUAAAAUUAUUUUAGGCAUAUUUCACCAUUUACAUAAGUAUUUUAUAUACUUAGAUAUUUGUAAAUGGUUUGCUUGUAAUCCCUGUGUACUUUAUUUUGUGAGAGAGUUCGGGGCAGAUGCAUUUUUAAAGCCCUAUUUUGCAAUCAAAUGAAAAAGCUUUUAUGCUGUGGGAAUAAUUGCUCCGGGAUAAGAGUUAAUGGGUUGUAUGCAGUUAAGUCAUACUUCUGUAGACCCAUUGAAAUUAGUAGACCUUUAGUCCAUUAAUUUCCUUGGGUCUAUUCUGAUGUAUGACUUAGUCGGAUACAAUCCUAUAUUAGCUUUUUCUAUGUUGACCAUAGUUAAUAGAUUCCCUGCUAUUUUAAGAAUUAAGUAAUAGCAUUUAUAACUUAACAAUGUGUCAUACUAAGUGUUCCCCAUUACAGUCAAGCUUCUUUGACAGAUGGUUCUUAACAUGCAGUAAUUCAUCUUCAGCUGCAGAGAGAUUAAAAAUAUUUAUCCACACAAUUUCCAGUUCUUGCACUAUUUUAACAGCAUUAAUAUGCCCUACAAAUUUAUAUAAUGAGACUUGUACUCUAAUCAUAUAUUCAUUACCUCUAAGUGGACUCUUUUAAAUUGUUGGGGCCUGUAAAUAUUUUGUAGGAUCACAGUGUGAACUGGUGGUUAUUUCAGGCUCUGGAUUAUGAUCUCUGAUUGCUUUAUCUAGACGUCCUUCAAAUAACAAAUUAAAAAAGAACUGCUAUAUGUAUCCAAUAUAAUGAGAUAAGAUUUGAUGCAGAUUAACAUGGCCUAUCUUUUGAUUGGAAAUGAGCUGCAUGACUGCACACUCCAUCCCCAAGCCCCUUUCUUCUUGGGCAUUGAAUUCUCCCUGUCAGCCUUAUCUGUGGAUGAGGGUUUACAUUUGUACCACUCUUAUCCUGAAAGCUACCUUGGGCAUAGUCCAGAUGUUUGCCAUAUAACCUGUGGGGCUGCUAUUCAAGAACACAUCUACAGCUGUCUUGGGGAUAGAGUAAUUGUGGGGUUUUGGGUCACAGUCAUUAUAGAAUUAAGGGUUUAUUUUAAAAAAAAUCAUAGUUGGUUUAAUUCACUUAUUCUCUACUUUUUUUAAAAAAAGCAUUUAAAUUGUGCUGUCUUAAUAAAUCCUUUGAUAUGA